CCCCGGCGUCUGGAGCCCUAGAUGACGAUCUGGGUGAGGAGGAUAUGUACCUGGAGAUGUACCUCCGGCACAAGGGUGCCGAACGACGAACAAGCAGGCGAUGGAGUCGUCAGUCGUCCAGGCGAGGAUCUUCGCCCUUUUUAUGGGAGCCUGGAAUGGCCGGAAGAAGACGAUUGUCGUCUUACACCAUAUCUUCUGGAGAUUUUGGAAGCGAGUUCGCCAUGGAUGUGGACGACAUGGAACAAACAGAAGAGGAAGUGAAAGAGAACAUUCGCAUGAACAAAAAUAUCAUCGAUACGGCCAAACAGCAACCCUGGCCCAUGAAGAAGAAGUACAAGAUGCUCAAGCGUGCUAAAGCUUACGUGAAGAAGCAUGAGGGCGAGCUGGCACAGAGUAAGCAGGCAAAAGACAUAUUUGCCAAGUACAGUAUUUUCAUCCACAAUUCCUGGCACCGACUCCAGCGAAAAGUGGCCGACCUUAUGGUGACGCUUACACCGUGGGAGAUGCGAAUCAAACGCAUCGAAAGUCACUUUGGUUCCGUGGUGGCCUCCUAUUUCAUCUUCCUGCGCUGGGUCUUUUGGCUUAACUGCUUUAUCACAGUCUUCGUUUGCUGCUUUUUAAUGGUGCCUGAGGUGCUGCGUGGAGAUGAUGACCCAAGUGGGAUGCGAAAGCAACUGGAGAGCGAAGAAAUGGAGAGCGCCCUCAAUCUACAAGCCAUCUGGGAGUUUGAGGGUUACUUGAAAUACUCCCCCAUCUUCUACGGUUAUUAUAGCAACCGUGACAUGACGGAAGAGGGAUACCGCCUACCUCUGGCAUAUCUGCUCUCAUCGCUGACCAUGUACAUAUUCAGCUUUUUUGUGAUUCUGCGAAAGAUGGCCAAAAACUCUCGUCAGAGUAAAAUGACGGAGAAAGAGGAUGAAUGUGCUUUCACUUGGAAGUUAUUUUCGGGCUGGGACUUCAUGAUCGGCAACUCGGAGACGGCGCACAAUAAAGUGGCCUCCCUGGUUAUGAGCUUCAAGGAAGUAAUUUUAGAAGAGCACGAGAGAAAAAAAGAGGAGAGGAGCUGGAAGAUAAUCAGCCUGAGGGUGCUGGCCAAUCUGAUAGUCCUCACACUACUGGUUUCCAGUGCCUACGCCGUUGUGCUCGUUGUAGAAAGACAAGAGCAGCCAGAAGCCAAGAACAGUUGGUACAGGCAGAAUGAAGUAACAAUAGUGAUCAACAUGAUUAGCAUAGUUUAUCCAAAUCUUUUUGAUAUGAUCGGCUAUAUAGAACAAUAUCAUCCACGGAUUCAGCUCCGAUGGCAGCUAGCAAGGAUCCUAGUGCUCUAUCUUCUGAAUUUGUAUUCACUGAUUUUUGCCCAGUUCCGGAAGGUCAUGUCGAUGACCAACGAGCUAGUAGGUAUCCGAGAAAACAUCACCUAUCUCUUGGACAUGGGUCUGCUAGAACCAACAUUGACCAAUAUCACCAUGUUCAACAUAAACGCCACCAGCAGCACCACAGCAACGUCCGGUCUGAUGUCAGUUCUUCAAGAAGCCAUGACAACUGCGGAACCCUUUUUGCCGUCCCUGGCGGAAGCGCUCACCUCGCAAUACUACUAUCCUGGGACCGAAUGGAACCAGACCAACUGCACGAUGGUCCCCAUCAACUGUACCCUUCUCAGACAAUUCGGCGUAAACUUCACUCGUGGUCCAGUCCCGAUAUCGUCCGAGAGCCUCCUGCUUCUCAACGAUACUGUCACACCUCUCCUGGACACGCUUACCACUACGGCAAUGCUACCACUCCUCAACUUGUCAUCGGGAGAGACGAGGACACCUGCGUCCGAGGGAGACAGCUACGGUCCCGGACCUCAAGUGCCAAGCGAUGCCGAAGGUUACGACGCCCUGUUUUGGAGAAUAGCAAAUUUCACAGUCAUCGGCGUCGCGAACUGGACGUACCGGUAUCCCUCGGGCCCCGAUCCGAAUAUAUCGAUACCGGUAAUAUACGUAGACAAUUACUCGAAGACAGCUAACGUGACUGACGAAGAUCCAAAUUCGAAAAUGGGGACGUUUCGACCACCUUGGAAGGUAGCGACGCCGUUCGGGGAUCAAAAUGAUACCACUGUUCCUAGCUGGACCGAAUGGACGUCGACGAUAGACCCGGACAAUUGUACCGUCGUGUAUGUGCCCGUGUGUAACGGCGCGACAGACGGGCCUUUUGAUUUCCCAACGUGGACGUCCUCCGAGACAACCAGGGGUUCUUCGACUACCACCACGACCGAAAUCCCGAGAAGAAAGCCAGGAAGUCCUCUGUUGCCAGAGGACCUUCUCAAGGUUGAGGAGAGCACGAAAGAGAGGCUACGAAAAUUGUGCUGGGAAACAAUGUUUGGGCAAGAAAUUGUGAAGCUAACAGUGAUGGACGUGGUUAUGACCAUCGGUUCCACGGUAGUCACCGACUUCAUCCGCGCUUUAAUCGUGCGCUACGCUAACGACUGCUGGUGCUGGGACUUGGAACAAGGCUUCCCUGGCUACGGAGACUUUAAAAUUGCCGAGAACAUCCUACAUCUUGUCAACAACCAAGGCAUGGUCUGGAUGGGCAUGUUCUUCUCCCCCGGUCUUCCUGCCAUCAACACUGUCAAGCUAUGCAUCCUGAUGUACGUCCGGAGCUGGGCUGUCCUUACUUGCAACAUCCCCCAUGAGACUGUCUUCAAAGCGUCGGGCUCCAACAAUUUCUACUUCAUGCUUCUCAUCAUCAUGCUUUUUGUCUGCACACUGCCCGUAGGCUACGCCAUGGUCUGGCUCGAGCCCUCGUGGCAUUGCGGACCUUUCAGUGGUUAUUUCAGAGCAUACAGAGUAUUCACCACAUAUCUGGACAACACCCUCCCAUCCUGGAUGAACAAGAUCAUCGAGUAUCUUACAUCCCCUGGUGUCGUCAUUCCUCUCAUCUUGCUCCUCGUGCUCAUCAUCUAUUACCUGGUUUCCCUGGCCGGGUCCCUCAGGGAGUCCAAUAACGACCUGAAGCUUCAACUUAGAAGGGAGAAGGACGUAGUCAAAAAGCCCGCUCCAGCAACAGCGACCACCGAGGGCGGUCUGCCUGAAACCAUUCCAGAGACAAACAUUGAAGCCGAAGCGACUAAAGCCGAGGCGGAAAAAGCUACAGACGUGCUGCAGAAGUGGGGCGGCAGUAAACGGCCGGUGUUCCCGACGCGGAUGAGACCGGCCGUUUCCACUCCGGAGUACGAACGAAAACUUGACAUGCUGAAGAGAGAAGGGGAAGACACACCACCGAGCACCAGAGGACGCAAAGUUCAGUACAACCUCCAGCACUCGGAUGAGGAACCACUCGUUGAUGGCCAUGGCCACGAUACACCUAUGGGCAGUCGUACACCACUCGCUGAAAAGAAGCUGGCUCAGUCUCCAAGAACACCAAAGCCACUACUCAAGUCCAUAGCUAAGCUUCGUCAUGCCGAAAGCCAAGAAGGAAAGCGUGAGCGUGAUACAGGUGGCGAAGUGGAUGUACCUGCUAUUGCUCUCAGCAGAAAGGAAAAGUCAACCGAAAGCAGCGAUGAUGAUGCUGAACCCGACAGUAGCCACGAUCCGCCACCGCACGGCACUUACGCAGCUGAGGGCGAAGACAUAUGCCCGCGUGAGACGCUUCCUCUCCUUGAGAUCGCCGAAGGUCUCCAGUACCCAGUGCUGCACAGGUCUGCGCUAGUCAGGGACUCUGGCCGCGGGCGCUGGCACGAGUACAUAACAGACCCGCGCCUUCCCAGGGUCAACGUCUGCCCUCCUACACCACUCCAUGACCACGAUGAGAGGUGA